UAGCUUGAGAACUUUCAUGUUCCUCUGAGCAAUGAGCUCUGCACCCGUGACGGUAUCAAUCAGGAUAUCAGCAAUUGUGCCCCGACCACUGCCAAUCAAUGAAUGCUCUUGCCUUUCGAUCAAGCAACCCACACUGCUGCCGAUCUUGAUGUUGGAAGGCCAAAGAAAGGCCCUGAGGUAGCAGAGAUGCUCAAGGGCAUCUGGUAUGGUUGGCGGCAGUCCUUCCAGGGAAAAUCAGCAGCCCCUGUACCAGCCAUACAUUGAACCCUGGGAAGAGCACAACAAGCACUCGGGAACUGACAAGAAUGACCAGUUUUUGUUUGUGUUAUUUAUGGGUUUACAUUGUGACUAGAUUAUGACAAAUAUGAAGGAUGCAAAUUUGAUUUGUUGGACUUCGUGGCUUUAUGGACACUGCACAAUACGUGCCUGCAGCAACUUACACUUGAAAAUCCGUAACUGCAAUGUGAUUUGGGAUCAUAUUUGUCAGAUAAAUUUGUCUUCAUGAAGAUUCCUGACAUUGGUGAUGUAAUGAAUAAAUUUGAAGUCCUUGGAAUUGUAGGUGAAGGAGCCUAUGGGGUGGUACUAAAAUGCAGGCACAAGGAAACCAAUGAAAUUGUGGCUAUCAAGAAGUUCAAGGACAGUGAAGAAAAUGAGGAAGUUAAGGAGACAACUUUAAGAGAGCUUAAAAUGCUCCGUACUCUAAAACAAGAAAAUAUUGUUGAACUUAAGGAGGCCUUUCGAAGAAGAGGAAAACUUUAUUUAGUGUUUGAGUAUGUGGAGAAGAAUAUGCUUGAAUUACUUGAAGAGAUGCCAAAUGGUGUUCAACCUGAAAAAGUGCGAAAUUACAUUUAUCAACUUAUCAAAGCAAUUCACUGGUGCCACAAGAAUGACAUUGUACAUCGAGACAUCAAACCAGAAAACCUCUUAAUCAGCUACAGUGAUAUGUUAAAGUUGUGUGAUUUUGGAUUUGCUCGGAAUUUAUCAGAGGGCAGCAAUGCAAAUUACACAGAAUAUGUGGCCACUAGGUGGUAUCGUUCACCUGAACUGCUACUUGGAGCUCCAUAUGGAAAGGCUGUUGAUAUGUGGUCUGUGGGUUGCAUUCUUGGAGAACUAAGUGAUGGACAGCCACUUUUUCCAGGAGAAAGUGAAAUAGAUCAGCUUUACACAAUUCAGAGAGUAUUGGGGCCACUACCACCUGAACAGAUGAAGCUCUUUUAUAGUAAUCCUCGUUUUCACGGCCUACGGUUCCCUGCUGUAAACCACCCUCAGACUCUGGACAGAAGAUACCUGGGCGUUAUUAGUGGAGUUAUGUUGGACCUUAUGAAGAACUUGCUGAAGCUAAAUCCAUCUGAAAGAUACCUCACAGAACAAUGCUUAAAUCACACUGUGUUCCAGACCCAGAGGCUGUUGGACAAAUCUAGUGGCACUUCUCCAACACGGUUAACUAAAAGAAAACCUCAUCAUGCAGAAAACAGAAAUCAUGGCAACAAAAGUACAUCUCAGUCAACUCGUUCAGAAAGCCGAGAUCAGCAGAACCUCACUGUCAGUUUUAAGCGAGCAGAUGACAGCACUCAGCAUGAUGGCUCUUCUAAUGAAAGUUCAGCUGCACUGAACCCAAACCUUAUUCCCUUGCCAGAUUAUCAACAGACAAAACAGAAUCUCUCCAGCGGCAAGGAUUUAACCAAUACUAACUUACCGCUUCUUCCCAGCCCACGUCUAAACUCCAAGGAAGCACAUUCUAAGUCUAAAGCUGAUUUCCAGGCUGAUCAAAAGGUUGCAGAAGGUCCAGGUGCAAAAUACUUAAAACCCAAUACAAAAUCUCAGCAGAAUCGACAUUCAUUUGUAGAAAUGCCACAAAAUAAAACUGGAACUCUACCAACUGAAAAACCUAGCCGUCACAGUUUCAUAGAACCAGUACAAGGCUCUGUCUCUCAGCAGUCGAAAACUCCAGCAGUUUUAACACCAUCCAAAACAUACAGGACAUUGAGUGAUUCAAGGUCAGUUGGAAACCUUAGUGACAUUAAAGUACAUGGGGAGGAUCAGACAUCCAGAUAUUUCCCUUCAAGCUGUUUGGAACUCAAUGCUUCAAACAAUACAACUGGACAAACGGAAAACAGGCCAAUGCAAAAUCCACCUGCUACAACCACCCCCAUGAGUAAAAGCCUGGAAUCCCGCAAACCAGCCACAAGACACUCAACAAAUGAAGAAGAGCUAAAAGUUCCUGCCAGUAAUGAAGGGGGUCAUUCACAUUCAGUAUCUGCUCCACACGAGUCUUUUCCUUAUGACUUAAAUUAUCCCAGUCCUUAUGCCUCCAAACCCCGUUCGCAGAGACACUCUAUGUAUAUCCCAAGGAAACAAGUAUCUGAAAUUAGCUGUGGAGGUAUGGGACAGGGAAUGCCUGCUAGGACAAAUAGUUUGCAGAUGUUGUCUCCUCAAAUGCAACAUGCUCGGACCUCUCUCACAAGAGGUUCUGUGGGCUCCUCUCGUGAGGACUGUACAGAUACCCCUGGGAUGGAGCAAUCCUUAUCUGAUGGAAAGCAUAGCCGUCCACCAAUCAAAGAUUCUACUAGGGAUAAUGCAAUGUCAUUCCACAGCCAUCAACAUCAGAUCGAGCCUGGAGGAUAUCAUGACAUUCACUUAGAAGAUGGUCUAUCCACAAAAGAAAAUAAGUAUGUGUUUUCUGAUACAAUGCCCAGGGAUAGACGAGUACGAAGCUAUUAUGAAGACUAUUCUUCAUUGGAGGGCACAUUCAGUGAGAGAGGUCCAAUUAAUGUGUCAAUGACCAGUAACUCGAAGUCAAAACACUCCAAAAGACAUACAUCUUUCGAUCUUUGGAAAAGUACAGAGAAUCUUAACAUAAAUCCCCCUGAACAAACUAAGGAAAAGGGCAAGGGUUUCUUCAGAGCAAUAAAAAAGAAAAAGAAGAAAUCACAAACUGUUCUUUCAUUCAAGAUUGGUCUGGAACAAAGUAAAGUCUGCAGCCAGAAGGGGAAAUCUUCAUCUUAUACAGAGAACUGCGAUGGAGAAAAUCCAAGUAUCAGAAAAUCCCUCUUUCCUCUUUUUAGUGCAAAGAAUCAUUUAAAACAUAUCUCUUCCUCCAGAGAACUGCCUGUAGUCAAUCUUCCCAUGAUGCCUAGUAGUGAUGGCCAUGAUCGUCUGGCAUUGCAAAAGGCAUUACAUACCAGCCAAAAUAGAGAGAGAGACUGGCCCAUUGACAAGAUGGCAGACGUUCAGCCUCAGAAACACCCUUUGAAAUCACUGCGCAAAUUUUUGCAAUUACCUACUUCAUUCAGUCACUCUACUCCCUCAGAAGUACGGUUUCAACCUUUGCCAAACCAGCCAGUCAAGUCAUCUCACAUUGAGGGUCGCAUCCAUGCUGCGGGGCAGACUCCUAACAGCAAUAUACGACAAGAUUCCCAGUCAAAACCUAGAUCAACUUUUCAACUUCCUGGGCAAAUGGAACCUAUUUGGCAUGUGCUGCCAAGUGGCCGGACUGGAAUCGAUGGAACUAUGAACCCUGACCAAUUGAUUUCCAAAUCAAGUCAAAAUGGUCAUUCUCUACAUUUAACCAGAACAGCACGUUCCAGAAUGCCAAAUCUAAAUGAUUUAAAAGAAACAGCACUGUAGUAAUUUUUCAUUUAAUCAUUCUAAAAUGAAUAUACUUCUAUAUCCGAUGAAUAGCCAGGUCCCUUUAAUAAACAUUACUGCUGUAAUGUUGGAAGCAAUUUUAAAAAAUCUUAAUCAUGACAGUAAUGCAAUAUGCAGAAUUAUCUUAAAUUGUUUGAGGUUUUGCAAAACAGUACCUAGUGGCUGUAACAAUGGCUAGCACCUGUAAUGAUUAUUAACAAAAGUUCACAAUUCAUAUGGUGUUCAGACUAUUCUGUAACAGUUUAAACAGUUUGUAGUUAUAACAAAUAACAUUAUUUGUACAUUGUUGGAACUGGAGUUUGUCCUGAUAUCCAUAAUUUCACAGAGCACAAUGUUAUUGUGUACUUAAUGCACAGUGUAUUCACAAGCUGCUGAUGCUUUUUAGGCAUUUUGUACACUUUCUUCCUCAAACUGUUGUAUUUGCAUUAUAUUUAGGCAUAUGAGUAGUGGUAUUUCAGCGAAUAUACUGGCAAUUAUGUUUUGUGUGUGGUUAGUAGCUUGUCAAAGUUUGAUAAAAGGAUUUUAUUUUUGGUAUGUAAUAUAGAAUCUGUACAAACUACUUUAUGAAAAUGAUAUACAAGAAUAACAAAUUACAAAUUGUUACAAAAUUGUAACCUGGAAUUAACUGAAAUGCAAGGUUCAAAUGGUUUAUCAAUGUAAGAUGUAGUGUUGGACCUGUUACUUUGAAAUAUAUGCAAUUGAGAUUAUAUCAUUUUCAUUCUUUUGGAUAAUGUGGGGACUUUGCUUCAAUCAAAUCAUAUGGCUUGAAAUGGAUAAAUUGAACUGUAGGGAUAUUUGAUUUAGUUUACUGUGUAUUGUGGUAAGUAGUGAACUAGGUAUAUAUUGUAUCGAGAAUAAACGUUCAAAUGCACUUGACUCAAAUUAUAUAAACUGCAAAAGUAUAGCUGGAAUCAAUUUUGCAGCAUCUAGAUCUUCUAGCAGACAAGUUAUUUUUUAUCUUUGUGGUUUUGUUUUAAGUUGAUUUAUACACUUCAUGACUUUUGUAUUCUUCAUUAUCACCAUGAUAACAAUACUGAACCAGUUCUGUUUCUUCCCACUUUCAAAUAAUUUUACUUGAUUAUGUGUUGAUGUAGUAGUAUAUGCUACGUUUCCUCUGGAGGAUAUAUUGAUACAGGAGUUGUACACUCAUGCCCCUUGAUUAUCCAGAAGUUUCACUGAUGGUGGCUGUGAGCAAUGGUAGCUGGCCAUGUACCAGAAACAAAACAAGGGUUACCAUUAGUUUUUUAAUUAUUGCUCUAUUAUCUAGAGCAUAAAAUGUGAAAUUUUGCUCUUCCCUAUAGAUUAGUUUGCCACUGCCUCAUCAGGAGUUCCUUAUGAAGUUGCCGAGGAAGCAGUCUUAGGUUUCUACAAAGGGUUUAGGACUGUGUGAUUGUUUUUUAAGGUAAUGGGUAUGCUGAAUAUCAUGUGUUCUUACAAACAUGCUCUUUAAAUGACCCGUCUAUAUAUAUAUAUUUGGUGAAAAUUGGGCAUUUCAUUAAAGCAGGAGAAUGCCAUCUUCAUUGUUAAUCUCACAUAAUUUUCUGUGGGAACUCAAGCCCCUCCGGCAGAAAAGUAAGUCAUGAUCCUUGGAUCGUGCCUUGUCUGACAGAAAAAAAAUUGCAACACCUCAAAAUUGUACUUUUGCUGGAUUAUGAUUGUGCUUAUAUUUACUUUAUUAUAGGUUGUGUUCGCUUAUGUUAGAAGACAUGUUAUUUUCAUGUAAUUUUGCACUUCCAGCAUCUGACACCUAGAUCUUUUGCCCGUGCCUUAUUUUGUGCCUUUUUUUAAAAUGUUGACCUUUCCCUUCUGCAGUGAUCCCUCAAACAAAAGUUUUUGCUUUUUUUUUGAAACAGAAAUAAGUGGCCAAAAGAAAAAGUAUAGGUUUAUGCAAAUUCCUGGUUUAGAUCUGGCCUUGAAAAUUGAACCUUAUUCAAAUUUGUAAUUCAUCCUACAUUGUGCAUAAGUUGUUAUAGAAAUUAUCAAAAUCAUCUUUUAUGAUUUUUAUCAAGGAGUUAAGUUCAGAUCUUAAGUAGAAUCAAAGGAUUUGCUUUUCCCUUUGCAUUUUUUAUUUUAGACUACAAUGACAUCUUGAUUGAGUGACAGUGUAGGAGCAACCAGUAUUUGUAUGCCACUUCUAUUUUAUCGAUGUCUAUUUUUUCUUCGAUUAUACAAUUCAGGUGCAUGAUGGGAGAGGAGUGUAACAGACUAAAAUUUAUUAAUUGACAAUCUCAUGUGGUCAAAGGAGUUUACAGCAGUUGCAGUAACCAAUCAUUCAUGAGCUUGUGAUUCUCAUUCUCCAGUCACAGUCCCUUUUAGAAGGUUUAGUCAUAAUUGUCACAACUUAUACAAUAUACCAAACAAUGAAUUUUCCAAUAGGGGAUGAAGCUAAUUUUUAAAGAAAAUUAAUUAUGACUGAGAUACAUCAAGGAAAUUUUGCCGCUUUUUUCAAACAGUAAUUACAUAUUCGGCUGACCAAAUCAAACUUUGUCUUUAUAGCAAAAGUACAGAGUACAUGGUUGUCAUGUCAUUACAGUUUCUGCCAUUUAGCUAAGAGUAUUGAUGGCAACAUGAAUUUGAGCUUGCUGCCCUGCUAAUAGGACUACGUUCCAUUAUUCUGAAGCAAGCUCACCAAAUGAAUGAUAAAAGUUGCAUACUCUGUAACUCACCCAUUAAUGAAUGAUGAGUUGGCAACAACAAAAAUGUAUACUAGAUUUUAAGCAAAUUUUAUGAUAUUGUGGACUCCAUUAAUAAAUAGGAUUCUUCAGAACUAGAUGUAUAGCUGCCUUUUUUAACAAAAGGUAAUGGUAAUGUUCCCACUAAACUGCAAAUAAGAUUUGAUUUGUAAUUUCAUUCCAAGCCUUACGCCAGCAGAUUAAAAUAAUUUAAUAAUUUGUAUAUUCCAAAUGUCCCAUUGGCAAAAGACACGAAAUUUGUUGCAUGCAGACACUUGGUGCAAAAUGCACAUUUGACUAAUUACUUAACACAAUACUUUUCCAUGAAAAUAGUGCCUUGUUGGUUUGCAGCUAAAUUUGCACUAUUGUGAGAUGUCUUUCACUGGUACGUUGCCUGAUUUAUUUUAAGAGAUUUCUGCGACAUCUGUACCAACAUCUUUUCCAGGCAUGGCUGUUUUGUCAGUAUAAUUUUCCUUGCAGUUAUUCCAAUACUCUGCAGUCCUACUAGACAUUUCUGUUCCUUCCCUGCUACUGAAUGAUAUCAUUAUUUUAUGAGUAUUACAUGUUCUGGCUAGUUACGCUACCUAGAUUUCCUACUGACUAUACUUUUCUUCAGUGUCAUGUGUUCAAAGUGCUUCGGACAUAAAUAAUUUUUAUUUAAUAUACAUAAUUUUUAAAUGAAUAUUUAUAUGAAUGCUAUUGAUAAACAUUCUUUCAAGAGCUAAAAUAUUCAGAACGAAGGACAUUUUAAUAUUACCUUCAGUCAGCAGGUGUUGAGUGGCUUCUACCCAUUGGCGUUGUCGUUGAUGGAAAGUUUCUAUACCUUUUGAACAAAGUACUCCCAAAUUCUCAUUGUGAAAUGUGCUUACAUAUACUACAACAAGUAUCAGAUUUUGAUUUGUCAAAUUUGUGUUUUUGAAUGUCAUUGCAAACAAAGCUCAGAUGGUCAGGUUCAGUAUUAAUGAGAUCAUUUACAGAUUUCCGUAUCUUCAACAGCUACAAUGUAGUACAGGCAUUAACUUUGAAAUAGGCUACUCUUAUAUUCUGCAGAACCUUAAGUUUAAAAUUUCGCUUGCUGUUACAUUCAGUAUUAUAAACUUUUUUGUAUCCACACACUUUCUCAUAUUAAACCUUAUAUGGAAAGGUCAAUUUUCAGAGUUAAAACUUGGAGGGGGAAAAUGUUGUUGCAAAAAACAACUAAAAUGUUGAGAUUUUUAUGCCACAUUUUUAAAAUCGCUUUUAUACAAUGCUAAUUGAUUGAUAUAAAUCCAGGGUCCAAAUAAUUCAGCAGAAUAUAAACCAGCAGGUGUAAUUAGUGCUAAUGUAUAUAAUUGUCUAAAGACUUGUGUUUUAUGCAUGCAGAUCUCAAUACUUCACACAGGUUUGUAUGGGUGUAAAGCAUAUGUAUUCUCUGUUAGAUCUUAAUAUCUACAGGAUUAGAAAUUGUGAUUAGGGAACUUAUUAAUAAGGGAAAGCCUAAUAAUUAUACCUUGCUAUUGAAUAUAGUUCUAAUAAGAUAAUAUUACAGGUGUACAAAAAACAUGGGGAAAAAAGUUGACUUGAGAGUAUAUAUGUAAUUCUGACAAGUGUUUAAUGCCUAUAUUCAUAACUGAAAUUAUAUUUUAGGCAGUAUAUUUUUUUUAAAAAUGUGCACAUAUUUUCAAGUAUUCGGGUCUCUGCUCAUGUGAAGUCCUUGUUUUCCAGGAUUCUUUGGCAGCAUUUGUGGUUUCUCACAUAGUUGCAUUUAUGUUUUGUUUCCUUUAUUGCAGUUUUUUCCCUUUUUUAAUGAUUGCCAAGUAUAAAACAUUUGUAAAUUGUUUAUAUAACAUUUAUAUGUUUGUAUAUUCAAUCCUUAUAGUGUGUUUUCCAUCUGUAUGUACAGCUAUUUUGUAAAUUUUAAUCAUACUGUUUGAGUUGUCACUGAAU